UAAAUAUAAUAAAUAAAUAAAUAAAUAAAUAAAUAAACAAACUAUUCUUUGAAGAACCAACAAGGAAUUUUCAUAAUGCUGAACUUUUUAGCUUCCUCAAGAGCUAUUUUUUAAAAAUUGAAUGACCUGAAGCACAUUGUUUCAGAACCUUUUUGGGGGAUGAAGAGACUGUAUGAUCAAUAAAAGUCUGUCGAAGCCGUUAAAGCACAUCAGUCGUGAGGAGUGUGUGAUCAUUGGUGUGUUUCCAUCAUGAGAUGCUCCCUCCGCUGUGUGUUUUGGGCUCUGCUCUUUCUCUGUGUUCUUCUGCUGUAUCGUCAGUCCUGCAGGAUUCACAUGCAAUCUGGCAUCCCAAAAGAUGGAGAUCUGGAGCAGGAUUUGCUGGAGCUCCAGGACCAGCACUUUCUGCAGCUCUCCACCAACCUCAGCAGACUCAUACAAGAGCUGCGGGGCGAGCUGCGCCGGUCUGCGUUUGCUCUUCCAGAGGAUCAGCAGGAGCUGCAGGAUUUCCUCCAUCAGCAGAUCCUCCGGGCCGAGAGCAGAUCUGCAGACCGGCUGGAGGACGAGUUUAUGGUUCUGCCCUUCCAGAGCUUCAGUCUCCGCAGCGUCUGUCAGCUGGAGACCGGCCUCAGCAGACGACCAGAGGAGGCAGAGCUCAGACCUGACCGCAGGAAUGAGCUGAACGAGGCUCUAGAGGCGGCGCUACACCUGCUGAACCAGCCGGAGCCUGGAGACUCACAGACCAGGAGGAUUUACUCUCCCAAACACUUCUCUGAAGGAAUCUUUCGCACAGAGAGGGACACAGGAACUAUAUAUGAUCUUGCGUUCAGAGAAGACAAUGUUCCAGACUUCAGGAGACUGGUUUUCUUCCGUCCGUUCGCACCGCUGGUCAAAGUCAGAGAGGAUCUGCUGGACGCCUCACAGUUACUCAUCAAUAUAAUCGUACCGUUGACCAACACGGUGGACACGUUCAGACGAUUCAUGCAACAAUUCAGCGAGGUCUGCAUUGGUCAGGAUGGACUGACGCAUCUCACCGUGGUGUUCUUUGGGUCUGAAAAGAUGGAAGAAGUGAAGGGAAUUUUGGACGUAAUAUCGAGGAGGAUGAAGUACAGGAACAUGACUCUGAUCCAUCUGAAUGAAGAUUUCUCCAGAAGUCGAGCGUUGGAUGUUGGAGCUCGAGCCUGGAAACACGACAACGUGCUCCUGUUCUUCUGUGAUGUAAAUGUUCACUUCACUGCAGAAUUCCUCAACUCCUGCCGCAUCAACGCGCAACCAGGUCAGAAGGUUUUCUAUCCAGUGAUGUUCAGUCUGUAUAAUCCAGAACUCCUCUACGGCCAGCACGUUCCUCCUGCUCAACAGCAGAUGGUGGUCAGGAAGGACUAUGGAUUUUGGAAGGAUGAUGAUUUCAGCACUGCGUGUCUGUACAGAUCAGAUUUCAUGAACGCAGGUGGAUUUGGUGCGUUUUCAGCGAGAGGAAGUGACACAGCAGACCUGCAUCUCUACAGGAAGUUACUGCACAGUGGUAUGAUGGUGGUCCGGGCUCCGUCUCGAGGCCUGUUCCUCAUGUGGCAUCAGACUGUGUGUUCCUCCACUGAGGCGUUUCAGCAGUGUGUGCAGAAUAAAGCUCUGAAUGAAGCGUCUCAUGCUCAACUGGGACUGAGAGUCUUCCAGAAGCAGAUUCAAGAACAUCUGAGCAGACGACAACACAUGCAGACCUGAUCAGCCGCUCUCACCAUCUUAUAACUGCUUAUAGGCUUAUAAUGAAUUUUUAGGCAGUGUAAAGGAUGUUGUAACAGCUAUACACCAGUUGUAAUCAAUUAAAAUCAGCUGUACACAGUUAUAACGGGCACAUGACUGAAUAUAAUAAGCAUACGACUGCCUAUAACAGUCACACAACUGCCUAUAACUGGCUUACAACUACCUAUAACUGGCAACCGACUGCCUAUAAUGGACACAUGACUGAAUAUUUUGAGCAUAAGACUGCCUAUAACAGUCACACAACCACCUAUAAAUGGCUUACAACUGCCUAUAACUGGCAACCAACUGCCUAUAAAUGUGCACACGACUGAAUAUAAUAAAGCAUUACAAUAAUAUAUAACUUUUGAUCGGAGUUAUAACUGCUUGUAAUAGGCUUAUAAUUGCUCAAGCAGUUAAAAAGCAGUAAUUAGCAGUUGUAUGAUAGUUGUAAGCUGUUAUAACCCAAGUACAAACAGUUAAACACAGAUAAAAGCCAGUUGAAACCAGUUAUAAGCUAGCUUGUUUACCAAACCGGUGGUUCCGAUUGCAUUUGCAGUAUAAACCUGAAAUAAAAGUUACGAUGUUGUGUUA